AGGCAGCUUUGCAGGGUGAGCAGUCCAGCCUUGGGUCCAGCGGAGCUAAAACGCUACAGCCGGGAAAACUUCCAUCUCCUUCUCCUGGUUUUGAUCCUCACCGGACAGCAGACCCGGGGCGCCGAUCGACCGGAGGGAGGAUGAGAGAUGACCGGUCCUUUGGCAACCUGACCAUUUCCUUAGCAGAGCCUUCCAAAGCGAACCGGAGACUGGCCACACGACCCAGGAGGCGCCGCGCCUCUUGUGGAUGUGUGUGUAUGAGUGAGCAAGCGGGUCUGUGUGUGUGAGUGAGGGUGUGUGUGUAUGUGUGUGUGCGCGCGUGUGUGUAUGCGCGCGCUUGUGGUGUGGAUGGGUGUGUGCACAGCACAAUUGCGUGGAAGCGUGUCUGGGUGAGUGUGUGUAUGCACUCGUGAAUGUGUUUGUGCGUGUGUAUGUAUGUAUGUGUGUGCGUGUGUGUUUGUGUGUGCUCUUCGCUGCUAUUAUUAUUAUUUUGGAAGAAAAAUCCUGGAAAUCUGGGGCAGGUUAUGGUACUCCCAGGGUGAUUUCUUCUUUUGCAAGAGGAGCUGACCAGAGCAAGCCACUAGAGCCAUUUCCCUGCCAGCAGAGAGCAUUUUCCUCCCAGAAGAAGGAUUUCAACCCAGGCUCUGCAGCCAAGUGAAAGAGAUUAGCCCUGAAACCUGUGAAAUCAACCAUUGCUGUGUGAUUACCCAGGCUUGGGAGAGGACUUGGAAAGAAAGGGAGAAAUAAAUCAAACAGCCUGUCAGGUCUUUUUGCCACGUCGGAAGAUGUCAUCUCAAACUAAGUUCAAGAAAGACAAAGAGAUCAUUGCCGAAUAUGAAGCCCAAAUAAAAGAGAUCCGCACGCAGCUGGUGGAGCAGUUCAAAUGCCUGGAGCAGCAGUCAGAGUCACGGCUGCAGCUGUUGCAAGACUUGCAGGAGUUCUUCCGCAGGAAAGCUGAGAUCGAGCUGGAGUAUUCGCGCAGCCUGGAGAAGCUGGCCGAGCGCUUCUCCUCCAAGAUUCGAAGCUCCCGGGAGCAUCAGUUCAAGAAGGAUCAAUACCUGCUCUCGCCUGUGAACUGUUGGUAUCUGGUACUGCAUCAGACUCGGCGGGAGAGCAGAGACCAUGCCACCCUCAAUGACAUCUUCAUGAAUAAUGUCAUCGUCCGCCUCUCCCAGAUCAGUGAAGAUGUCAUCAGACUCUUCAAAAAGAGCAAAGAGAUUGGCCUGCAGAUGCACGAGGAGCUGCUGAAGGUCACCAAUGAGCUCUAUACAGUCAUGAAAACCUACCACAUGUACCAUGCAGAGAGCAUCAGUGCCGAAAGCAAGCUGAAGGAGGCUGAGAAGCAGGAGGAGAAACAGUUUAACAAGUCAGGAGACCUGAGCAUGAACCUGCUCCGGCACGAGGACAGACCCCAGCGCCGAAGCUCUGUGAAGAAGAUUGAGAAGAUGAAGGAGAAGAGGCAGGCCAAGUACUCGGAGAACAAGCUCAAGUGCACAAAGGCCCGAAAUGACUACCUGCUGAAUCUGGCAGCCACCAACGCAGCUAUCAGCAAAUACUACAUCCACGAUGUCUCUGAUCUCAUUGAUUGCUGUGAUUUGGGCUUUCACGCCAGCCUGGCCCGCACCUUUCGGACCUACCUCUCAGCAGAAUAUAACCUGGAGACCUCUCGCCAUGAGGGCCUGGACGUCAUAGAGAAUGCAGUGGACAACCUGGACUCCCGGAGUGACAAGCACACAGUCAUGGAUAUGUGCAGCCAGGUCUUCUGCCCUCCACUCAAGUUUGAGUUCCAGCCCCACAUGGGGGAUGAGGUUUGCCAGGUCAGUGCACAGCAGCCUGUUCAGACAGAGCUGCUUAUGCGAUACCACCAGCUGCAGUCCAGGCUGGCCACUCUCAAGAUUGAGAAUGAAGAGGUUAGGAAAACCCUGGAUGCCACCAUGCAGACCUUACAGGACAUGCUGACUGUGGAGGACUUCGAUGUCUCUGACGCCUUCCAACACAGCCGAUCUACUGAGUCCAUAAAGUCAGCCGCUUCUGAGACCUACAUGAGCAAAAUCAACAUUGCCAAAAGGAGAGCCAACCAGCAGGAAACAGAAAUGUUUUAUUUUACAAAAUUUAAAGAAUAUGUGAAUGGCAGUAACCUCAUCACCAAGCUGCAGGCCAAGCAUGACUUACUCAAGCAGACCCUGGGUGAAGGAGAGAGAGCAGAGUGCGGCACAACCAGGCCCCCCUGUCUUCCCCCUAAACCACAGAAAAUGAGGAGACCUAGGCCUCUUUCAGUGUAUAGCCAUAAACUCUUUAACGGCAGUAUGGAAGCGUUCAUUAAGGAUUCAGGACAAGCUAUACCACUUGUAGUCGAGAGCUGUAUUCGAUUCAUCAAUUUAUAUGGACUCCAGCAGCAAGGGAUCUUCAGAGUUCCAGGGUCUCAGGUUGAAGUUAAUGACAUCAAGAAUUCCUUUGAGAGAGGUGAAGACCCCCUCGUGGAUGACCAAAAUGAGCGAGAUAUCAAUUCAGUUGCUGGUGUUUUAAAACUGUAUUUCCGAGGACUGGAAAACCCACUCUUUCCUAAGGAAAGGUUUCAAGAUUUGAUAUCUACUAUUAAACUGGAGAAUCCAGCUGACAGGGUGCACCCAAUCCAGCAGAUCCUCAUCACCCUGCCCCGCGUGGUCAUUGUGGUCAUGAGAUACCUCUUCGCUUUCCUCAAUCACCUCUCCCAGUACAGUGAUGAGAACAUGAUGGAUCCCUACAACCUGGCCAUCUGCUUCGGGCCCACCCUCAUGCACAUCCCCGAUGGGCAGGACCCUGUAUCCUGCCAGGCGCAUGUCAAUGAAGUCAUCAAAACCAUCAUCAUCCACCAUGAAGCCAUCUUCCCCAGCCCGCGGGAGCUAGAGGGACCUGUGUAUGAAAAAUGCAUGGCUGGAGGGGAGGAGUACUGUGACAGCCCACACAGUGAGCCGGGGACCAUUGAUGAAGUUGACCAUGACAAUGGUACAGAGCCUCACACCAGUGAUGAAGAAGUGGAGCAGAUUGAGGCCAUCGCUAAGUUUGACUACGUGGGGCGGUCUCCUCGUGAACUAUCCUUCAAAAAAGGGGCCUCGCUACUCCUGUAUCACCGUGCCUCAGAGGACUGGUGGGAGGGCCGUCACAAUGGUGUAGAUGGACUCAUCCCUCAUCAGUACAUAGUUGUACAAGACAUGGAUGAUGCCUUCUCCGAUAGCCUGAGCCAAAAGGCGGACAGCGAGGCCAGCAGUGGGCCACUGCUAGAUGACAAGGCCUCCUCCAAGAAUGACCUCCAGUCCCCCACAGAGCACAUCUCUGAUUACGGCUUUGGGGGGGUGAUGGGCCGAGUGCGACUACGGUCCGACGGAGCAGCCAUCCCCAGGCGCCGAAGUGGGGGCGACACACACAGCCCACCCCGGGGCUUGGGUCCCAGCAUAGAUACGCCGCCCCGAGCUGCUGCCUGUCCUAGCAGCCCCCACAAAAUCCCCCUCAGCCGGGGACGAAUUGAGAGUCCUGAGAAGAGGAGGAUGGCGACAUUCGGGAGCGCUGGCAGCAUCAACUACCCUGACAAGAAGGCGCUGACAGAAGGGAUCUCCAUGAGGUCGACUUGCGGCUCUACACGACACAGCAGCCUAGGGGACCACAAGUCCCUAGAGGCUGAAGCCCUGGCAGAAGACAUCGAGAAGACCAUGAGCACGGCUCUACAUGAGUUGCGGGAACUUGAGAGACAGAACACUGUCAAGCAGGCACCAGAUGUGGUGCUGGACACCCUGGAGCCCCUGAAGAAUCCACCAGGUCCCAUCAGCUCAGAGCCCGCCAGUCCCCUGCACACCAUUGUCAUCCGAGACCCUGAUGCUGCUAUGCGCAGAAGCAGCAGUUCAUCUACCGAAAUGAUGACUACCUUCAAGCCAGCCCUGUCGGCUCGCCUGGCUGGUGCCCAGCUGCGUCCACCCCCAAUGCGUCCAGUCAGACCUGUGGUCCAGCACCGAUCCAGCAGCAGCAGCAGCUCAGGUGUGGGCAGCCCGGCGGUGACACCUACAGAGAAGAUGUUCCCUAAUAGUUCCUCAGACAAGUCUGGCACCAUGUGACCUGCAGGACCGGGUGAUACUGCCGUGGCCCACUGCAGCACACCAAGGCCUAGGGUAGCCUCGGUGGCUUCCACUUGCUUCCCAGGGAUCUCCUGGCCUUGGAGGGAAGAUCCUAGAAGGUCAGCCUGGGAGGGUGUAUGUCUGUGGAGAGCAAAGGCCCGGGCGUUAGCUGCAACUCCUACUCAGCCAUGUGAAUGCCACAGACCUCUCGUGGGCAAACAGACAUCCCAAGGAAUGCUGGAGCAAGAUUAGUCCCAAGGACAGUGUUUCCUAAGAUCGAGGCAGAUGCUUACCAGCUUCUCAUAUUGUCACUGGAAAAUUAUUCUCUCAAUAUUCUCUACAUACGUAUAUAUGUGUGUGUAUAUAAAUACAUGCAU